CAUCCGCCCCUCACGAAUUUUUUCUCCGCCAUUUUCAGACCGUCUUGCGCACUCUUCCGCUUGGUCAACUGCAGUGUGCGUGCUUAUUUUUAAGAGCAGAACGCAUUCAUCAUUUGCAAUCAACCUAUUGUCAAACACCAUGUCCAACGAGCAGAGCGAAAAUACUUCGGACACAGCUGUGGAGCAGCAGCAACUGCAGCAGCAGCAGUCGCCGCAGCAACAAGGAGACAUGAACGGGAAGGUCAAACAAGAGGCCAAUACGAGCCGGAAGGAGAGGCCCCAGAAGAGAGGUGGAGGUGGACGCUUUGAACCCUACGGAAGUGUGAACAAGAGAUACCGAGUUUUUGUCAGCAACAUCCCCUAUGAUGUGAAAUGGCAAGCCCUUAAAGACCUGAUGAAAGAAAAAGUGGGUGAGGUAACGUACGUGGAACACUUAAUGGACGCAGAAGGCAAAUCAAGGGUAAGUGCAAAUACAUACAAAUACACCAUUUUUUAACUAUCCUUGACAAACUUGUGUUUGUCAGCUGUAGUCUCUUCUUUUUAUCGUUGGGCGAUUGUCAGACUCCGAAACGUGAUGGAGUGGAUGAGAUUGUGACAUGUCGGAGACAUGUCCUUUGUGUCCUUGACGUGAGGUCAUUUUUGGGUUGAUGCUCUGUAAGGACUUCAGCUUUCUCUUCGAUGUGAGAUAGUCCUAGUCACACACAAGCGUACCUAUUUGGUUGCUGGAAUUUCUUCUAAUGAGUCUGAAAGUGGCGGUCGAAGGUUCCUAAUGAUGGUUGUGUAAUCCCAAAAUCUUUUUCCAAAGUAGAAUCUCUUUGCUGGAAUAGUAACCCUCCAAUAUCUCUGUAUUGAGGAAUCCAAUUUUUAUUGUGGAUUUCCUCUUUUGGAUGUUGGAAAGACAAAAAUAAGCACAGUUUUGUGUUAUUGCCGAGAGUUUUGUUAAGUAAUUGAAUAGUUGUGGCACCUGUUGUGGCCGAGGAUUUAAGCGUGUGGUAAUGUAUGUUCUGAUGUGCAUGAUCUUGACUUUGUGUUUAGUAAAAAGGCCUUGUGAAAUCCAGUUACGAUUUUUCUAACUUGAAUCCACUUUUUCAUUCUGGGUUGUUCCGUGGUCUUCAAUCAACAAAGGGUUGUGCUGUGGUUGAGUUCAGGACUGAGGAGCUCAUGAGGAAGGCAGUGGAGAAGGUCAACAAGCACAACCUCAAUGGCCGUCCCCUGAAAGUGAAAGAUGACCCUGAUGGUAUGAUUGCUCAGAGGGAAAUCAACAAGGCACAAGGGAUUGGAGGCCCCCACGGUGGAAUGGGUGGAAUGGAUCGCAUGAAUAUGGAGAGAAUGGGCCCUGGACCGAAUGGCCCCAUGAUAAACAUCCCUCCUAGCCUGAUGAACAACCCGACUAUUCCCAUCGAGGUCAUCCAUGGUCUGCAAUCGGGCAGAAUUGGCAACACAGUCUUUGUCGCAAAUCUGGACUACAAAGUGGGUUGGAAGAAGCUGAAGGAGGUGUUCGGCAUGGCUGGCAUAGUGGUGAGGGCUGACAUCCUUGAGGACAAAGACGGAAAGAGCAGAGGGAUGGGCACCGUGACCUUCGACAUGCCCAUCGAAGCGGUCCAAGCUGUGUCCAUGUUGAAUGGACAGCUGUUGUUCAACCGAAUCAUGCACGUCAAAUUGGAUGAGAAGUCCAUCCCCAAAGAUUUUGGGCCACCCGACAGAGGUGUAUCUCUUCCACGUGGGCUGAGUGGUGUUGGUUUGGGUUUGGGGCCUGGUGGGCAGCCUAUUGAUGCUACCCAACUGAACAGAGGCGGCGGCGGAGGAAUGGGCAACAUGGGCAUCGGAGGAAUGGAUGGAAUGGGCUUUGGCAACAUGCCGAACCGUAUGGGAGAUUUAGGAAUGGACAACUUUGGAGGAGGAGUGAACAACAUGGAUCGCUUUGGCUCUGCUGGAAUGGGCAGAAUGAACGAGAUGGACCGAGGCAUCGGCGGUGGGUUUGACCGGGAGUUUGGUCGAAAUGAAAUGGGCAUGGCUCGCAAUAAUUUUGGAGAUUCCUUUGAUAGAGGAAAUUCCAUGGGUAUGGACCGCAUGAAUUCUGGGAUGGACCGUCUAGGAACAAACAUGGAUCGCAUUGGAGGGAUGGAUCGGAUGGGCAUGGAUAGGAUUGACCGAGUGCCUGACCUGGAUAGGAUGGGCUCUGGCUUUGACCGCCUGGGUUCCGGAAUGGACCGACUGGGGCCCAAUAUCGACAGGCUCGGAGGUGGCCUCGACCGUAUGAGCUCCAGUCUGGAUCGACUCGGCCCAACCGGUUUCGACCGCUUGGGCCCUUCCAAUUUGGAUCGCAUGGGCUCUAAUCUGGAAUUUGGCACCCCUAUGAGCAUGGAUCGCAUGGGCAACACCGGGCUUGACAGGAUGUCCAGCAAUUUCGACCGCAUGGGCUCUACUGGAGGUCUCGAUCGCUUUCAGUCUGGUGGCCUCGAUCGUAUGAACUCUGGAAUGGACCGGAUGGGAUCCGGCAACGUUGGCGGUCAGUUUGAUCGUUCUUCUGAUUUGGAUCGUGGCUUCGGUGGAAAUUCCUUUGGAGGAACUGGAGCGGGAGGCUCUGGAAGUGGAGUGGGAAAUAUCCGAAAGGGAUGCCAGAUCUUUGUCCGCAAUCUGCCAUUUGACUUCACAUGGAAGAUGCUGAAGGAUACCUUCAAUACGUGUGGCAUGGUGCAGUAUGCUGAUAUCAAGAUGGAGAAUGGCAAGUCCAAGGGCUGUGGUGUGGUUCGCUUUGACAACCCUGAGACCGCUGAUCGUGCUUGUCGUACCAUGAAUGGCUAUCGUCUGAAUGGAAGAGAAAUCGAUGUUAGAAUUGACAGAAAUGCAUAGAUUGUUCUACGAUUACACUAUUGUCUAAUUAUGCCACACACUCUUUUCAUAUUCUCUUGGUUUGGCAUUUGUUAUUUUGAUCUUGUUUUAGUGGACUGUUUUUAGUUUGUAAAAGAUGUUUUUAGUUUGUUAAAGCCAUUUUUUUCUGCCAUGCUUAUUUGACCACUUUGUAUUUCAAGGUGUUUUGAUAAUAAACUUAAACCAUUAA